CAUGACAUUUGUGUUAUUUACCAUAACAAAAUUUUAUUCGUAGACGUUACAAUAUUUACUAACUCCCUCAGAGCAAUAAAGUCCCAAAACAAUAAUGGAACCAAUUUCCAGCAUAAAUCCUACAAAAACAGAGUCGAUAGUAUCCUUUCUUAAUUUCCCUUACAUUUGUAGAGUCUGUUUGACUCGAGGGGACUUGGAAUCUGUAGAGGAAGAUAAUUUGAUAGAUUUGUUUUUUCACAUCACCAAUAUUGAUCAGUCGAAUUCAAAUUUUCCUGGGAAAAUGUGCAAGGAAUGCUUAAAUACCCUUAUAGACAUUUCGGUAUUCAUUGAUAUUUCCAAGCUUAAUUAUGCAACUCUGAAACAAGCCUUGAAAAAUUCAGAAAGCACUGGAGACUCAUUGGAAACUGACCUUUCCACUUGUAGAGUGUGCUUGACUAAAAUUGGUUUGAUACAAAUGGAAGAAAAUCUCAAUCUAUUGCUGUUAUUGGAAAACAUUACAGGUAUCAAAUUGAAUACACAUAUACCUCUCCCCAAUUAUAUUUGCACAAAGUGUGUUGAGAAGCUAGAACAAAUCUCAGUUUUCAUUGAUUUAUCGAAAAGAACUGAUGCCAGUCUCCGUCAAGCAAUUAUCAACAAGGACAUCAAAACGGAAAAUUGUUGUGACAUCAACCAAGAUGAAACAACUUUGAAAGAACAAAUUGCUACUAAUAAUUCUGAAGACAGUACAGUGCCCUUAAAGAAAGUCAAAUUGGAAGUCACUGAAGAAGAUUAUCAUUACGAUGAACUGAAUGAAUUGCAAGAACUUAAUGACAAAGUAAAAGUAGAAAUUGCUGUCGAGGACGAAAUUGCAGUUACCAAUGAUGGUCCAUUCACUUGUGAUUUCUGUAGCAAGGAUUUGCCAGUGAAGUUCAGCAACGAGUACAAUGGCAAAUAUCCAGUAACUUGCAAUGUAUGUGGAAAACAAUCUGUUAAAAAGCAGGAAGCCGGUGAAGAUAAAAAACAGUUAGGCAUUGAACCAAAAGACUCUAUCAACAAUAAGAAAGCUCCUUUCCAGUGCAAAGUAUGUUCCAAAACCCUCGUUUUCUACAGCAGUCUGAGAAAUCAUAUGAAAAGACAUUCAGGCGACAGGUCUUUCCAGUGUGAAAUAUGCGCUAAAACAUUCUAUCGGAAAUGCGAUUUGGAAUUCCACAUGAAGAAGCACACCAAGGAAAAACCCUUCCAGUGCGGACUAUGUUCCAAAUGCUUCUCCAACAAGACUUAUCUGAGAAUACACCUGGGAAUUCACGCUGCAGAAAAAACAUUUCAGUGCGAGAUUUGUUCCAAACUGGUUUCCUCCGGUAGCAGUUUGAGAUAUCACAUGAAAACUCACAGCGGGGCGAAACCGUUCACCUGCGAAGUCUGCUCAAAAUCCUUCUCCGUGAAAGGUUCUCUGAAGGUUCACAUGAGAAUACAUUCCGGGGAGAAUUUGAGCCAGUGCGAGGUGUGUUCCAAACAAUUCACCCAGAAAUCGGAGCUGAAGGGCCACAUGAGGCUCUACCACACAGGCGAAAGGCCUUACAAGUGCGGAGUGUGUUCGAAAUGUUUCACCCUCCGGGGCACCUUGAACGUGCAUAUGAGAAUACACGCCGAAGAAAAGCCUUUCGCGUGCGAAGUGUGUUUGAAGGGAUUUUGUCAGAAGUCUGAGAUGAAAACUCACAUGAGAAUACAUACUGGCGAAAGACCCUACCAGUGUCAGGUGUGCUCCAAGAGUUAUGCCCAGAAUUCGCAUCUGAGAUCCCACAUGCGAGUUCACGCUCGGUUGAAAACUGAAGACGAGUGUAAUCUGGACGAAAAACUGAGUUGUUGACACAGCUGAAUGAAAAUUAGUUCUUUCGCAAAUUGGAUUUGCAAAUCACAAUUCAUUAGGUGGCAAUUCACUCGAAUUAAAUGAAGUAACCAUUUUCGAUAAGGACGAAGUGGUGGCCGGUUUUAUAUUUCACUGUUGGUACUACUUAAUUUGUGUCAAUUCUUUCGACUCCAUUCUUCCCCAGUAGAUGGCGCCACAUGAAAUUUUUGUAGGUCUAUGAAAUUGACCGUAUUCAAUAUAAAUUGAGCAAUGGUCUGGUUUUAUAUUUUGAUUAGAAGCUCUAAUCUUUGAAAUUGCUCAAAUAUAUGCCAAAUAUCUGAUUUAUUUUGACUAAUGACACUGACGGCAAUGAUUGCCAACAAUGAAAAAUAAAAUCCAGCUACUACUAAAUCCUUAUCUUCAAUUGUUAAUUGAGGUCACGAGGUGGAAUGAGAAUUAUUUUCUUCACACUAAACCAAUUUCAGACAGGGAAACAACAGGGAAUCCCAUUGAAAGGGGGAAAUAGUGAGGCUUGAAUUGAAGUUGGAUCAAUAUCUUUCUGUAAUCUGUUCACCAAACAAAUGGAGUCGACAAAGAGCUAGUUUAUCAAGGGUCCAGUAUUAUUGGUUGACGGAUUUUAGUUCUCGACCGACAGGCAAACAAAUUCUAUCUGCCUUUUUCUGAUGGUUCAACUAACAUUUUAUUGUUGAGUUUGCUUCUAUAAGUCACGCCCCUGUUCCCUCUACCAUCUUCCCCCUCGCUUCCAUUACCGGUCCACUCGUCCACGGACGGAAGCAGAACUUGUGUACCCACAGUCGACGCUUUGGAGUGGGGAAAUUGAGACCCCGGCGUCAAGUCACAAAACCCUUGAUGCAUGUCACUAUCAAAGAGUAGGCAGAUGGAGACCCCAGCAUCAAGUCACAAAACCCUUAAGGCGUGUCACUACCCGAGGAGUGGGGAAAUUGAGACCCCGGCGUCAAGUCACAAAACCCUUAAAGCGUGUCACUACCAAAGAGUAGGCAGAUGAGACCCCGGCGUCAAGUCACAAAACCCUUGAUGCGUGUCACUAUCAAAGAAUAGGCAGAUGAGACCCCGGCGUCAAGUCACAAAACCCUUAAAGCGUGUCACUACUUAGGUGAAGGCAGAGUGAGACCCUGGCGACAAGUCACAGAACCCUUAAAGCGUGUGACUACCAAAGAGUAGGCAGAUGAGACCCCGGCAUCAAGUCACAAAACCCUUAAAGCGUGUCCCUACCAGAGAGUAGGCAGAUUGAGACCCCAGCAUCAAGUCACAAAACUCUUGAAGCGUGUCACUAUCUGAGGAAUAGGCAGAUUGCGACCCCGGCGUCAAGUCAGAAAACCCUUAAAACAUUCCACUAUCAAAGAGAAGGCAGAUUGAGACUCCGGCGUCAAGUCACGAAACCCUUAAAGCAUGUCACCACUUGAGGAGUAAGCAGAUUGUGACCUCAGUGAAGUCAUACUUUCUUUAAAAUGACUUCAAAGUCGAAGCCGAAACGUUGAACACUUGUACUUGGCUAUACCGUACUGAUGACAGCUAAAGAGCCAGAAACACUUGAAUGCGGUUUGUAUAUUUCCGUAUUGCGUGUCUGUGAACCCUGGAAGGUAUUAGGGAAUCUCAUGUUUACUCAAAACAAUAAUUAUCUUAGGAAAUGUUGAAAUAUCCAAUAAAUUCAUAACAGCUUCAAUGAACCAUCUUAAUGUGAAAAUAAUUGAAAACUUUAUGUUUGUGACCAGUCAUUUAUAUCAAGUGACAUACUGCGUUUUUGAAUGGUAUUAUCACUGUUCUUUUGUGAUUUGUCAUAUACAUAUACCUACGCUUUGUAUCGCCAAUGUUGAAUAAAUAUUUACUAUUAUUAUUAUUAUUAUUGUAUGAUACAGAAAGGUAUUCUGGAAGUGUUAAGGGGGGGGGCAAAUGAAAAGUUCCAAUAUUUUAUGUACAUUUCAUGUACGUCAAGUUACAAAUACAUUUUUUGAAAUUGA